GAGCGGGGGCGGGGUUGAUUCUGGUGACUCCCUUCCCCACCCCACCCCCCCCCCCCCCGGCCUAGGCCUGCACCUGAAGCCGGCAACGGUAGGGCGCUGAGCGCCGGUUUCUUCUCCGGCCCAGCACUAGGGUGGCGGGGGCCGACUAGAAGCCCGAGUGGGAUGCGGCUGACGCGGAAGCGGCUCUGCUCGCUUCUCAUCGCUCUGUACUGCCUCUUCUCCCUCUACGCCGCCUACCACGUCUUCUUCGGGCGCCGCCGCCGGACGCCGGCCGCGUCUCUGCGGGGCCUAAGGAAAGGGGCGGCCCCGGCGCGGGAGAGGCGCGGCCGAGAACAAUCUACUUUGGGAAGUGAAGAAUGGAAUCCUUGGGAAGGAGAUGAAAAAAAUGAGCAACAACACAGAUUUAAAACUAGCCUUCAAAUAUUAAAUAAAUCCACAAAAGGGAAAACAGACUUCCGUGUACAAAUCUGGGGGAAAGCUGCCAUUGGUUUGUAUCUCUGGGAGCAUAUUUUUGAAGGCUUACUUGAUCCCACCGAUGUGACUGCUCAGUGGAGAGAAGGAAAUUCAGUUGUAGGAAGAACACAUUACAGCUUCAUCACUGGCCCAGCUGUAGUCCCAGGGUACUUUCCCAUUGAUGUGAAUAACGUGGUACUCAUUCUAAAUGGGAGAGAAAAAACUAAGAUCUUUUAUGCCACCCAGUGGUUACUUUAUGCACAAAAUUUAGUGCAGACUCAAAAACUCCAGCAUCUCGCUGUUGUGUUGCUUGGAAAUGAACAUUGUAAUAAUGAAUGGAUAAACCAGUUCCUCAAAAGAAAUGGAGGCUUUGUGGAGCUGCUUUUCAUAAUAUAUGACAGCCCCUGGGUUAAUGAUGUGGAUAUCUUUCAGUGGCCUUUAGGAGUGGCAACAUACAGGAAUUUUCCUGUGGUGGAGGCAAGUUGGUCAAUGCUGCAUAACGAAAGGCCCUACUUAUGUAAUUUCUUAGGAACCGUUUAUGAAAAUUCAUCCAGACAAGCACUAAUGAACAUUUUGAAACAAGAUGGGAACGAUAAGCUUUGUUGGGUUUCAGCAAGAGAACAGUGGCAGCCUCAGGAAACAAAUGAAAGCCUUAAGAACUAUCAAGAUGCUUUGCUUCAGAGUGACCUUACAUUGUGCCCAGUAGGAGUAAACACAGAAUGUUAUAGAAUAUACGAGGCUUGUUCCUAUGGCUCUAUUCCCGUGGUAGAAGAUGUCAUGACAGCCGGCAUCUGUGGGAAUGCGUCUGUUUACCCCAGUGCUCCUCUGCAGCUACUCAAGUCCAUGGAUGCUCCUUUUAUCUUUAUUAAGAACUGGAAUGAACUUCCUGCUGUUUUAGAAAAAGAGAAAACUCUAAUUUUACAAGAAAAGGUUCAAAGAAGAAAAAUGUUACUCCACUGGUAUCAGCACUUCAAAACAGAGCUAAAAAUGAGAUUUACUAAUGUUUUAGAAAGUUCAUUUUUAAUGAAUAAUAAAGGGUAACUUAAUUAUCUUUUUGAGCUAA